AUGCUUGCUGCCAAACAAGGACACGUCGAUGUAGUAAAAACCAUGUGUCGCGUAGGUGCUCCAUGGUGGACCCUCUCUCAUUCCAAUCUCUCCGUUGGAGACUUCACAACGGAUGGCAGUCAACAAGAUGCCUUUGAGAUUCUGCUUAUUAUUGGUACUUCGUCAGUCAACAAGAUGCCUUUGAGAUUCUGCUUAAUACUGGAUUCAAAAUGGGUCUUGUGGAUACAACUAUAUCGCCUGUGGUACGACCAUCCGAGCAAAGCCGUCGACUGGUUUAUUAAAAAAGCUAAAGCCGCCAUUGAUGAACUCGCCGAGCUUCCAACUUGGAACCCCACUUCCACCACCACCACCACUAACACCGGCGUCGUCACAAAUUCAACUUCAAAUUUGAAUUUUGAGCAACACCAAAAUGAUUGUAUUAUUGAUAAUCAAAUGAGUAACGUCCAAAAUUCAAGCUUUUUACCUCCACCUCUUAAUUCAAACUCCAUUGUUGAUACGAUUAAGUCGGGUUUUUUUUUUCGAUGGGUGGCUCCUUAA